GAAAAGAAGGUUCCGGCGAAGUUCAGAUCUCAGCCUCCGGCGCCCGUAUUAUGAAGGUCAAACGGGAAGCUGGUGAGAAGAUGACGGAAGAAAAAGGUUAAGGACUCGAUCGGAGCAAGAGUUAAGAGGAUGAAGAAGAAAGGCGGCAAGAGCGCCUCCUCUGGUCCUCACUUUCCUUCCCUCUUGAAGGGUCAGGACGUCGUCAAUCUUGCCGUUCAAGCUCACGGCAAGAGCGAUCUAGUUAGAGCUUGUGCUGAAGAUGAGACCCCCGAGACCGUUCCGGAGGGUUGGUUCUGCGUUCAUGAGAAAUAUAUCUCCAAGUGCCACCUUAGAUUUCCUCUUCCCACCCUUUUGCUGGAUCUCUUAGAUCAUUACCAGCUAGCUCUUCCUCAACUUUGCCCGUCGGUCAUCCGAGUGAUAAACGGGUUCAUCACUAGAGCCAAGGAGGAAGGAGUUAUCGUUGGGCUAUCUGAGCUAAUGAGUCUCUUCUCGAUAAAGGAGAGCACUUCCAAGGAUGGCGGGAGCGGUACCUACUAUCUCCCUUGUCGUCCAGGGCUAGGCGUAUUCAAGUUCUCGGCCAGUGACGAUGACUGGCGCAAGAAGUAUUUUUAUGUCAAGAUUGACCCCUUGACGGUUCAUGUAGGCCGUGACCUCAGGAACUCAUGGUCUGAUAUUUCCGGUUAGGAUUUUAGGGAUAUGUUCACAUGUUUAUCUUUGUUUGUCAUGUUAUGCUAAUUGUCUUUUGACUUUUUUUUUUGCAGAAAUCAAAGAUCCUGUCAAGUUGUCUAGCAAAUUCACUAGAGCUCUCUACAGGAAGCUACAGCAUAGUCCUAACACUUGGGUGGCUUACACCACUUCGAGAGUCGGAUCAGCUAGGUUUCCUGAACGAUACCAGGCGUCCUUCCCUGAUUCAGUGACGGUUGCUGGUUUAGAAGGUAACCUUUUAUUCUUAAUUCAUGAUUUUUACUAUUCGAAUUUGUCUCAUGUGAUUAAUGAAUCUUUUUCAUGUUUUAGUUUCUGAGGGUGAUUCAGUUUUCGAAGUUUCCUCCGGAGCAAGUACUUCCUCGAAGACUCAAUCACAGAAGAUGCCAAUUCAACCUUCCUUCCGUUCCAGGGGUAGAUCGACCAAGGCUGCCAGCUCCUCUAGAGGGAGUGACAAGAACCAGGGAGGAUCCUUCCUUGACUCUGUGAAGGAGGCUCUUGACGAAGGAGGCUCUGCUCCUGCUAAAGGUGUUGGCUCUUCGGAGCCUAAGGUUCAGGAAGUUGGCCUUCCCUCUGAGGUCCCGAUGGCUGAGGCUGAUCCUCAAAUGGUGAGGGAUCCUCCGGAGUUUGAGCCCCCGAGGAACAAGAGGUCCCGAACUGACCAGGUUGACAGACCUUCGAGGUCUUCCUCCUCCUCCUCUAGAGGAGGAACCGUUGGCUGGAACUUUGCUCAUUCGAAGCCUGGAUCGGUUUUGGACGAUCCGUGGGGUUUGGCUACUCUGAUGAGGCAUAUGAAGAGUCCCGGGUGUUCCCUCCCCUCGAUCUCCAAUCUCACGCACAAGGAUGAGUACGUCGAUAUUGCUCAUCACAUGGGUCAGCUGGCUGGUGCUAUCAACAGAGCUCAGUUCAAAUUUGAGGACGCUGUACACAAUGCCCCCAGUGCUGAGGAAUUAGCCCAG